AUGGAGCAACACACCUUCCGCCGCCGAGGUCUCGGCCUUCGCGGAGUCGACGCUGAGCGCGUCUCUCCAGGCUACGUUCUAUACGCGCCUCUCACCUCGAACACAGCACACCUUGUCUCUACAACUGGCAAGGAAGUGCACCGCUGGACUCUCCCCCACCGCGCCGGUCGGCACGCGCGUAUCCUCGCAGAUGGAAACCUCGCCUACAACAGCGCGCACCCGGACGCCCCUAACCUCUUCCCAAUGUGGGCCAAGUACCGCGGCGGUCUUAUGAUACAAGUCAGCCCAGAGGGCGAGAUCCUCCGUCAGUUCAGCGACCCACUGGCGCACCACGACCAGAACCACCUCGACGACGGCACAAUCCUGUACACGACUCUUGAGCCACUCACCGAAGCCGAAGCUGCGCGCGUGCAAGGCGGAGUCCCAUUCACCGAAGCACCAAAUGGCGUUAUCUACGGUGACUGCAUCAAACUCGUCCAGCCUUGGUCAACAAGCAAUACCUCCUCCUCCGCAGACUUCGACGGUAGCGGCGGUAAAACCGGUGCUAAGCUCCUUUGGGAGUGGCGCGCAAUCGACCACCUCGACCCUACUCUCUUUGCUGCGCAUGCACACUAUACCCGUGAACACUGGCCGCUUAUCAACAGUGUUUCGUUUGACUCGGCUGGAGAUAUUAUUGCUUCGUCGCGGAAUGCGUCCAGCGUGUUUGUUAUCAGCCGUGCUACGGGUGAGAUCAAGUGGUAUCUUCCUACGCCGAUUGUUAGCCAGCAGCACUGUGCUCAUGAGAUUAAUAAGGAGGGUGAUAUAUUGAUUCUUGAUAAUGGUGUUUUCAGACCUGGUAUUUCGGUGCCAUUUUCCAGGGCUAUUAUUGUUUCUAAGGAGAAGAAAAUUAAGUGGGAAUACAAGGAUUUCACAACCGGUGGGUUGGGAUUCUUUACGCCAUUCAUGGGCUCUGCACAGAAGUUGGCUGGUGGAAAUGUUCUCAUUUGUGAGGCUGCUACCGGGCGGAUUCUGGAGGUCACUGAGCGAGGUGAGCUUGUUUGGGAGUUUACUGUGCCUCAGCUAGGAGAUUACAAGGAGGUUAUGAAGAAGGAGGAAUUGGGAGAGAUUGAGGAGAUUGGGUUUGAUUAUGCUAGCAAUGCGGUGUUUAGGGCUUAUAAGUAUCGCGCUGACCAGGUGCCUUGGCUUAAGGAAUAG